AUGUGGCCCACCGGUGCAGACGAAUACGUCUUUGGCGCUACCAUCGGCGUAGACGAAGCGCACCAGUCCGCGCAUGAUCAUCAACAGUUCCCUGGCGCUAUAUACCAUGUACUGGAAGAUGAAGAGCCAGCAUCGUCGUUUCUGUCGCAGUCUAUCCGUGAUACAGGGACUACCACGCCGGCUAGUGACGUUUCCGCGUACGCUUUCGCCCCUCAUGAGCCUCCAGGUUUCUGUACGCCUAGAGACAACAUGCAUCCCACGGGGCAACAUUCGCCAUAUCUUGCUCCACCUACGAUCAGACCUGCCAUACCUCAGGUCCGUACCGCGUCCAAGAAAGAACCCAAGAAGACUAUGAUAACAGCGCCUAGCAAGGCCAACGGAGUGGCCAAGCCUUACCGACAUACAACCGGUACGAACGUCCAGGCCAUCGCCAAUUAUGACUUUGGAACUGGCGAUAUCCAUCGUUUAACGUCUGCUAGUCCAUUGCAUAGCGAUGUAUCACCGCAACCCACUAGAUCACUGUCGAGCUCACUCGGACCGCCAAAUAACUCGCUGGACCUCGCAGCAGCAAGCUUGGGCGACCAAAAAGAUAUCCGCCAUGACUUACCAACACCACACGUUGAAGCCGACGGCGAGAUCUCCACAGCGAUACGUCUUCGAACGCCAAGCGAGACUCAAGGAGGCAAGAACCUUGCUCGAGCAUUGGGCCUCCUUGGAGGUAGAACCAGCCCCAUCGGCCCCGGUGUCUCAGGCUUCGACUUCACAUUCGCUGACCUUGUCGACGCGAGGGAUCGGUUUCCUGGCCAAGUCAUCAUACAUCGAAACGCGCUUCUUGAUUCUGAAGACUAUAAGUCAGCAUUCGAAGAAGACGCACGGCUGAGCCGAGACCGCUGCAAUCAAGCUAUUCUUGAAUCCUCUCCGGAUAUUUUACCCCGAGGCGCCUACCUUCUCGAUCUUGGCGGCGGCUUCCAUGUCACAGUCCCGCUUGAUCCAAUAACCGAAGCUACGUUCAAGCAAGGCGGCCAAGGAACCAUACCACCCGAGGGUCUCGUACGUAUCGCCACGGAGAUGAACAUCGACAUGAAAGACUACCGUGUCGAUGGUAAACCGCACCCGGUAUACAGUAUGGGCGCCCCAAAGCAGGUUGAUAUCCGGUACUUGGGCUCCACACCUAUAACCAUAGUGGAGAUGGCCAUCUGGUUUCCUGCGCACGGCUUGCUCUGGCCAGAGUGGACACAGCGAUUUGCUCGAAGUGGCUGGACGCAGAACAACAUCGCUGACCUGAUUGUGAGUUCAUUCCCCCUUGCCGAACCGUGUCUUUCGUGGGCUAAUGUGACCAAGAACCGAGCUUACAACACCGACGCCGUCGAAGGUGUCGGCCCAUCGACAAUCAGUCAGCAGACGAAUAAACAUGGUCGUGAAGCCCGUGAAAUGUUGGAAUCUUCUGGCCAGGGACAACAGCAGGUCACUGAAAGCGCGGCCCUUCCAGUAACGUCUUUCUCAUGCGAGCGCUGGACACCGCCUGGCGACGAGUACCGACUAGUCGACUACUACGUCCGCGAUCUUGCGAACGGUGUCCACCGUGAUAACUUUCCUUCCGGUUCAGACAGGGGCCUUCUGACUCGAUUGAUCGAGUUUGUCGACGACAAUCUAGACGAGUGGGCUGAUCUCUUGCUCAGUGAUGUCCAGUUCAUCGACGAUUCGGGUGGUUACUUCCAGACAACAAACCCGGCUUUCGGACCUGGGAUGGAGAACCCAGACGAGGAGGCGUUUCGCCGUCACAGGCUGGAAUUGAAACGAUAUCGCAAGACGAUGGCGGAUUAUCGCAUCCAGCAAAAGAAGGACAAAGCAAGAGUCGCGAUGGGGAGCCAAGAUCAGGCUCAAUGA